AUGGAUUUAUACCUAAUUCGUGUGGCCGAGAAUACUCACAUCUUACAAAACAGUCAGCAAAGCAUUGCAAAAGCAAUCGAGCACGCGGGAUUAGAUCUAGAAUGGAAUGUCGAUAUCAUUUCCAUGUCCUUCGGGUACUACGAUAAGCCGGGGAUGAACCAUACCGUAAUCGAUGAAGCGAUUGAAAGGGUCAAAAAAUAUCGCAAGGAACAAGAUUCUGCUCUUGCGAGUGCUGGGAAUUCAUGGUCGCAAAGGAUAUCUUUUCCUGCCAGUCACAAGGACGUCAUUUCAAUCUACGCUGGCGAUUCGAAAGGUGUAUUCCUGAAUUCUAACCCAGCCCAUACAGGCAAAAAGCUGGGUACUUAUGGCAAGGACGUUCCGUCAUCUAUGGUCAACGAGGUGAAGAGUCACUUUCCAGAGGCGGAUCUCAGCGCAGGGACGUCCAUAGCCACCGCCAUUGCCGCCGGCAUUGUCGCAAUGAUGCUCUCUUAUGCUGUAGCACUCCCAUCGAUAAUGAAAAAUAAUGGGUUUGAGGAGAUUCUUGCGAAAAUAUCCACGAAGAAGGGCAUGGAGCAUAUGUUGGAAGCCAUGUCACUUACUCGCCACGAAGAAGAGCACUUCAUCAGUCCGAUGUGGUACUGGGGAGAAAAGGAAAAAGACUUGGAUAUUUUAGUCUCUAUAUGCGGGGCGAUUGAGCAAAUGAACAAGCAGCUACAAGAGUGA